UAAGCUAAAUUAAAUGAUAUCUGAUAAUCUAAUGCAAUGCCUUUUUGUUCAAGCAAUUUUCAAGCAAUUCCAUUUACCGUUAUUAAGAAAGCAAGGAAUCAAGGAAGUUUAUUCAUUUCUAAAUGUAUUAAAACUUACUAAACAGUAAUGGAAUUAUCUAAAAAGUAUGAAAGAGAACACAGUGCAAUUUCAAUGAGAGAUCUCUUACUCAGAGAAAAAUCGUAUUCAACAGUCAGUGAAGAACUUUUUUCAGACGUUUCAAAUAAAUUUGAAGGAACAUUUCAAAAUAUACCACCGUCGUGUCAUAGUAUAGACCGUGGUAGAAGCACUAGAAGUGGUUCAAUCAACACCACUACCAGUAGUCAAGCUCCUCUUGUUGAAAUCAAAUCAUCUGUAAAACCUAAAAUUAAAAAAGUAUGCAAGUGUGUUUUGAUAGCAGCUAAUAUAUGCCUGAUUAUAGGAUUAAGUGUGGCAUUGAUUGUUGUUUCAACUCGGAAUAAUAAUGAUGAGGAAAGCGGAUACGACAAACAAAAUAAAGGAAGUACAACUGCACUGCCUGAGUAUCACCGCACAUCAACUUCUGAAAAGACAAGCGAGAGUACCACGCAGAUGCCACUUCCACAAGAAACAUUGUCAACAGUUACAACUAGCACAAGUUCAUCAACAUCGACACAUACGCAAGAAACAAGUGCACCUGUAUCGACAGCUGCGCAAGAAACUUUGUCGACAACAUUAAAUGGUCACAGUAGUAGUGAGUCGACACAUCAGCAAGAUCAAACGUCAACAAUCACAAUGAUUGAAUCCGGUAGUAGUACGACUUUAACCUCAACAUCAUCAUCAACAACUCCAAGUUCUACACUUGGCAUAUGGUUACAAUGGGGAACGUGGACAGACUGCAGCGCCACCUGUGGAAAUGGAAUUCAUCUUCGAUAUCGUGAAUGCGACAAAUCGGACUUUCAAAAUACAGUUUGCUCAGGGAAUUAUGUCGAAGUAAAAAGUUGUGUAAAUACAAUUUGUCCAGAAUAUGGGUUAUGGACACUAUGGUCGUCAUGGAAUGACUGUGAUGUCACUUGCAGCGGAGGUACUCAGUCCCGUUUAAGAACCUGUAAUAAAACUGUUUCUGCAUUGAAUUGUGUUGGAGACAGUUUACAACAACGACAAUGCUCCGUUUGGAACUGUCCAGAUUGUUCGAUUAUAUGUAAUGAAGGCGAGCUAACCCAAACUUGCGACGAGUGUUUGUGUAACAAGACAAGACAAGGAUAUGUUAAAACAACGAUGAAUGACACUGUAUCUGACGCUGCUAUUUUUAUAAACGGAAGUCAGUUCAGAGCUAUUGCAUACUCUGAAGAUUUUGGAAUGUUUUCAACAGAUGUCGUUUGUGAUGAUGCUAGUAUUUACGUCGAAAAAUCAGGAUAUUCUACAUCUGCUUGUCAAGUCAGCCUGAGGAAAUAAUUUGCAAUGUCAACAAAAAAUGGUAUGACAUUU